GCUGUGUUUUUCUGCCGCUGCUGCUGGCCGAUGACGUCAGUAUUCUGCGACUCCUUGCCUGUAGUCGCAUACAAACGUUACUGGUUGUUAGAAACAGUUUGAGGCUCGGACAGAACCUAAAAAACCGAUAGAAAAUGACAGUGUGCAGCUUUUUUCUUCAGGGUCGUUGUCGAUACGGUGAAAAAUGUUGGAACGAGCAUCCAAGAGGAGGAAACAGAGGCGGCGGUGGAGGAGGAGGAGGAGGAUACCACCAAGGCUCCUCUGGACAGCAACAGUCCAAGGGAGGAGGUGGAGGAGGGUUUGGAAACAGAGUUUGGGUGAAUCCUGACCAACAAAAAGGCAAUUAUAUUAAGACUUCAUCCUUCUCAUCUGGAGGGGACGACUGGGGAGGAGGAGGACAGAACGACUGGGGCCGAGGAGGCGAAGGAAGAAGAGACAACAUUAAGAGCUCUGAAUUCAGCUUUUCAGUUCAGAACAGAUUUUCAGGACUAGAUUCUCCUAGUACUUUUGACAGGAGAGGAGGAAGAAGUGGAGGAGGAGGAGGGGGGCGAACGGCUGCUGAUGAAGAAGAUGACAGACAACUGGAGAUCAUCCAGAAAGACAUGGAGAUAUGGGAAAGUUCUCACCAGUGGUGUUUCUCAUGUUAUUCCAACGUCACCAAAAAUCUGUCUGGUUUCACUGAUCUCUCUCCAGAAGAGCUCAGACUGGAGUACUACUCUACGAGAGCUUCAGGAAAUCUGCAGAACUAUGGGAAUGGUGUUAGUCAGCUGCUCAACCAGUGGAGAAACAGACUCCAAGAAUUGAAGAUCAUGAACCCAUCUACCCGUACAGCAUUGCUUGGAGAGUUACACGGCUCAGCACCUCAAACGGAUUCUGGAUUUGGAUCCACUUCAUCUGCCUUUGGAAGCACAGGUUUUGGAGCUCCUGCCACAGCAACAGCAAGCAGUUUUAGCUUUGCUGCAUCUAACACUGGAUUUGGCGCACCAUCGUCCUCGUCAGGUUUCGGAAACGUGACAGCAGCCCCAGCUCAGCCUCCCAUGGGCUUUGGUUCCGCCUCCACUCCUUCAGCUUCUACAUUCUCCUUCGCUGCUCCCACCACUAACCAACCUCCAGCCUCUUCGGGCUUUGGCUCCGCCUCUGCUUUCAGCUUCUCCUCCUCCUCAGCAAACACGGGCACAGGAUUCGGGAGUGGAUCUGGGAGUGGUGCCCCUGCAGCAGCAGAGAGCAGUGGCAGUAGCAACUUUGGAAAGACGAGCGCAGUAUUCGGAGCACCCACUGCUCCUGCCGCUUCAGCAGCAGCUGGCAGCGAGGCGGCAGACGGUUUGUUUACACCCGAGAGCAAACUGACUCAAGAAGAGCUGAAUCAGUUCAAGGCCAAAAGGUUUACACUCGGCCAGGUUCCUUUGAAGCCUCCUCCAGCAAAUCUACUCAUAGUAUAGAACAGUGAUCAUCAACUGGCGGCCCGUGGGCCAAAUCCAGCCCACCUUGGAGUCAAUUCUGGCCUGUUGCUUCCAAACAUCAAAGAAUAAUUUUAGGCAAAAAUGUGAUUCUUGGUCCAACAUCCAAGGUGUCUGUCUGGAAAAUUCUUUGACAAAUACAGUUGGUGAAUCCUGGUAUAGAACAAUGGUAUAUUAUACACAAACUACAGCCGAGCAGCCGUCUCAGUGUCAAAGUCAACAAAAUAUCGUCCAUUGGCAUCAUGAAGUCCAGAAUCAAAACCCUGAUUUGAGACUUCCUUUUGAACUACUGCUUCUUUAAUGAACAUCCCGACCACACAGAAAGACAGUUUGAUAUCCACAUAAGGGAAGGAGGAAAACAUCAUAAGGAAAAACAAUCCUGCGCCCCAUCGCCUCCAUGUACCACAGGUCAUGUUCAAACAUAUAUUUUUAUAGACUUUUGAAUCAUAAAUCAAAUCAAGAAGAUGUUGAUUGUUACGUUCUCCUCACUUUUCCGCUGAUGGCAGUCAAUAAUCAAACAUCUCUUAGAGGAGCUUCUGAUUAAGUUUUCUCUGAAUUAAAAUUAUUUUAGUUCCACUUAGUUAUACUGGCUUCGAGCAGAAACAACUGAAAUAUUCAAGUGUCUUUGUUAAACAUUAAACUGAAAAUCUUUAGAGACGAAAUCGUCAAGUUUUUGACAAUUUGGUUAAUGUGGAAAAGUAUUCAACAAUGUUCAUCUAAUAUUCAUGGACGUGCAUUUCAGAUGUCGUUCAAGACUUACAUUUGUUCUAAUGUGCAUUAAUGCCCUCUACUGGCUCUGUUUCAUAUUAAUUCAUAUUUUCACCCACAAACAUCUCAGUCCAGUGCAGAAAAAAUGAAAACUUUUGAGGUUGGUGUCCACAUAAAAUGACCUAUCUUGUAAUUUAAGGGGGAGGCUAAAGUAUUGUUCCCAUGCCAUUGAAAAGUGAUUGCUACAAUAUUUAUAAUCAAAUUUCAAUUACUGAUUAUGAGAAAGUUACGUUUGUGAAGGUUGUAAUUGCGAAUAUUAGCCAAAUGAGGGUGCCCAAACAUAAUUUCUAACACCCAGAACCGUUUGACACAGACUUUAUGAAUGUAUAGCAUGUGUUGAUGUAUAAAAGUCUACUUUUUGACCUUAAAUAAAACGAUUUUUUGUGAA